AUGUUCUUCCAAGAUACAAGCUAUCAUGGAGAUACCACCGCCAAAGACAAAGAAGGAAGUAAGGAGCUUUCUAGGAAAGUAUGGGCCACAAAGAAACUAAGGCACUACCUAAUAGCGCAUCCGGUAGUUCUGGUUUCUCGUUUAGAUCCAGUCAAAUAUCUUUUUGAGAAACCAGCACUUAUUGGAAAGCUGGCUAGGUGGUUAUUGCUACUAGCAGAGUUCAACCUCAAAUACAUGACAAGGAAAUCAGUAAAAAGAAGGGUUGUGGCAGAAUUCUUGGCAGAUCAUCCUGUAACGGAGGCCGAGGCAGAAGAUUUCAUGUUCCCAAACGAAGACAUCUUAUUUUUCCUAAACGACACCUGGCAGCUUUACUUCUAUGGAGCAUCAAAUCAAUGUGGAUAUGGCAUAGGGGUAUUGCUAGUUUCCCCAAACGACUCUCAGAUCCCUCUGUCAUAUAAACUGCGGUUUGAAGUCACCAAUAACCAAGCUGAGUACGAAGCCUGCAUUGCUGGAAUGGAGGCAGCCCUGGAACUAGGGGCAAAAAGAGUAGAGGUCAUUGGAGAUUCAAACCUAGUGGUAUACCAAGCAAAAGGAGACUGGAAGGUUAAAGAAGAAACACAAAAACUAUACCACUCUAUGCUGGAAGCUCUAAUUCCACAAUUCGACUCUGUUAUCUUCACACACACUCCACAAGUGAGUAAUAGGUUCGCAGAAGUUUGCAGCCCGAUUUGUAGUUUGCGGUGGAGCAUUGUAUCGAAAAGCACAUUUGGGCCCCAAUCAACUUUGUGUCACAAUAGAAGAAAGUCAAAAGGUGAUGAAGGAAAUACACAAAGGAAUUUGUGGGCCACACAUGAGUGGGACAACAAUGGCGAAGAAGAUCCUACGUCAAGGAUACUAUUGGACUACAAUGGAAGCCGACUAUGCUAG